CCUUACUUUACUCUUAACCUCAAAAUCAAAAUAUUUACAUUCGCACACGUUUUUUACAAUAAAAUAGCAAUUUUAUAGAAAAUAUGACGGUAAUGGCAACCAAGAGCAAAGUAGUAGAAGAAACAUCGGACAAUGAAGAAAAUUUAUCUUCAGAAGCAGAUGACGAAAACUCAAACUCAGAAGGCGGAGAAAGUGACUACGAAGAAGGCGUUAUAAAUGCGGGAUGGGCUGACUCGAUUUCUAAGAUUUUAAAAACGAACAAACCAAAAGGAAAGAAAACUUUGGUGUUAUCAAAGGCCAAAAAGAUAAACGAUGUUAAAAAGAAAGCCAAACCUGCCGGUUUUGAGGUUGAAACAUCUAAAGGAGACAUUAAGGAAGAACAAAUAGAGCCCGAUAGUGAUGAUGAGGAUGACAAACAACCUCUAAGAAAAAAAAAAAAAGAAUUGCCCAAUAUAAGAGUGAAGCCAAAUAUUUUAGAAAAAGAUAGGGAAAGGAUUUUAUCUAAAAUAGCAACUAAAGGUGUCGUUCAACUAUUUAAUGCUGUAAGGAUGCAACAAAAAGAUAUAAGCGAGAAAUUGAAAGAAGCAGGUCCUUUAGAAGUACGUAAAGAAAAAGUAAUGAAAAAUAUUGAUAAGAGAGCAUUUUUGGACGUUUUAAUGGGGGAAAAAUCGACGAAUAUUGAAAAGGAGACUGUCGGGCAAAAAAAAUUGAAAAAGGAAGACUCAACAUGGAGUGUUUUGAAAGAUGAUUUUAUGAUGAGUGCUAAAAUGAAGGAUUGGGAUAAAGAAUUAGAAGAGGAAGAAAAUGAAGAAGAAAGGGAGUUGGAAUCAGAAUAAAUAUUUGUAUUGUUAAGUUUUAAUUUUUAAUAAACAAAAAAUAUAUAACAGGA